UUCCGGCCCCGAAUUCCAUGGAAUUCCCUGGAUUUCAGGAUCGACGAGGAGCUGCUGGGGGAUGGGCACAGCUACAGCCCCCGAGCUCUUCACUCGUGGCUCACUCGGGUCCUCUACAACCGGCGCUCCAAGAUCAAUCCCCUCUGGAAUUCCGUGCUCAUCGCCGGCGUCUACGGUGGGGAGAGUUUCCUGGGAUACGUGGACAUGCUGGGAGUGGCCUACGAGGCGCCGUCGCUGGCCACGGGAUUCGGGGCUUACCUGGCCCAGCCGUUGCUGCGGGCGGCGCUGGAGCGGGAUCGGCUCCCGAGCCGGGAGGAGGCGCGGGAGCUGCUGGAGCGCUGCCUGCGCGUGCUCUACUACCGCGACGCUCGCUCCUUCAACAGGUACGAGGUUGCCGUGGUGACGGAGAAGGGGGUGGAGCUGGAGGGACCCCUGACCCUGGAGGCCAACUGGGACAUCGCCCACGCCGUCAGCGGUUUCGAGUGAUCUCCGAGAGCUGCUCCGACCUCAGCCCGACCACCUCAAACCCCUGGUUUUUCCCCAUCCCUUUUUUCCCCUCUGGAACGGCGAAUCCAGCUUUUUUUGGGAAUAAAAUCCAUCGUUUUAA